AUGGCCUUUCCUUUGUCAACCAUUCUCCACAUGACCCUCAUGUCAGCAGAAUUCUUCAUAGGGAUGAUGGUAAAUGGAUAUCUUAUCAUCGUGAACUGUAUUGACUUGUCUAAAAGCAGAAAGCUCAAACCAAUGGAAAUCCUUUUGCUGUGCAUAGGGAUAUCUAGAUUUGGCCUGCAGCUGAUGCUGAUGGUACAAAUAUUUUACUCUGUGUUCUUUCCACGUGCUUAUGACAAAAAUAUCUAUAAUGAAAGCAUGAUGUUCAUUUGGAUGUUGUUCAGUGCUAUCAGUUUCUGGUUUGCUACCUGCCUUACUCUAUUUUACUGCUUCAAAAUUUCUGGUUUUACUCACCCUUCUUUUCUUUGGCUGAAAUUCAGAAUUUCAAAGUUCAUGUUGUGGUUACUUUUGGGCAGCUUGCUGGCCUCUUUGGGCACUGCAUCCAUAAGUACUAUGGUAGAGUUACCCAAAACUGUGUAUGAUGAUGUUUUUGGAAACACCACACUAAAAAAGAUUACAGCCAACACAAAGGAAAGCCAUGAUUUGCUUCUCGUAAACUUGACACUGUUACUUCCUCUUGCCAUAUUUGUGGUGUGUACCUCUAUGCUGUCCAUUUCGCUUUACAAACACACUCAUCUGAUGCAAAGUGGACCUCAUGGAUUUUCAAAUGUCAAGACCAAAGCCCAUAUAAAUGCACUAAGAACAAUAAUAACAUUUGUUUGCUUCUUUAUUUCUUACUUUGCAGCCUUCAUGGCUAAUAUGACAUUUAGAAUUCCUUACAGAAGUCAUCAAUUCUUUGUGGUAAAGGAAAUAAUGGCAGCUUUUCCUGCUGGUCAUUCAUUGAUACUCAUCUUGAGUAAUUCUAAGCUCCAACAACCAUUCAGGCGAAUUCUCUGCUUCAGAAAGAAUCAAUAA